CUCAGUGUCUGGAGGCAGAUGGAGGUGCAAGUGCCCCUGGGGUCCGGGUGGAGGCCAUGCCCAGGGCCCGAAGGGCUAAGGGGAGUGCGACCCACUGGUCAGGGGACCAGCCCGGCCUCCCCGCCUGGCGCCUCCAUCCAGCCCAAGUCCCGCCCUGGACACACCUCUGACUCACUUCCUUUGCGUAGAAGCGGAAACGUUCCCCGGCUUCCUCCGCGCUGGACACUCCCUGGGGACCCGCAGGUGCCACUGCCCUGCGGCCUGAGCUGGCCCCAGGCCCCUGACCCGCCGACUCCCGGGAAGCCAGCCUUUCCUGCUUCCUGAGUCGCAGCCUGUGUCUGGCGCAGGCAGGGGCUGCCCUGGGGGGCUGGGGUCCGGCAGGAGCCUGGCCUGACGCAGCUGCAGGGAGGGCGACCUGCAUGCGGAGCGCCGCCCCUGCGCCAUGGACCGCGGCCAGCCCAGCGCGGAGCCCGGGGCCGCGGAGCCCGUGGCCGCGGCUCCCCGCGCCCCCGGCCCGAGCGUGAUGGCGCCGCUGCGAGCCGUGGUCCGCCUGCGCCGCCGCGUGUGCCUCCUGCGCAAGCGGCGCCCGCUGACGCCGGGCCCGGGGCUGGACUCGGGGGCCCCGGUGCCUCGCGCGGACGCGGACCAGCCGCAGUUCUUCACCUUCGACGGCCCCGAAGAGCUGGCCUCGAGGACGCCGCGCAAGAAGCGGCGGCGCAGCCGGGUGGUGCUCUACCCCAACUCCUCGCGCCGCUGCCGGCCGCGCGCCGAGCGCCACAGCCGAGCGCAGAGCUGCCUGCUGCUGCUCGUGGCCAUCGUGGGCUUCCAGGUGCUCAACGCCAUCGAGAACCUGGACGACAACGCGCUGCGCUACGACCUGGACGGGCUGGAGAAGGCGCUGCAGCGCGCCGUGUUCGGCCAGCAGGCGGCCGUGGGGCGCCUCGUGGCGCUGCUGCGGGACUACCUGUCCACGCACGUGCACAGCCGCCCGCUGCUCCUGGCGCUGCACGGGCCCAGCGGCGUGGGCAAGAGCCACGUGGGCCGCCUGCUGGCGCGCCACUUCCGCGCGGUGCUGGAGGACAGCGCGCUGGUGGUGCAGUACCACGCGCGGCACCACUGCCCCUCGGCGCGCGCCCCGCAGGCCUGUCGCGAGGAGCUGGCGCGCCACGUGGCCGACGUGGUGGCGCGGGCGGAGGCGGAGGAGAAGACGCCGCUCCUGGUGCUGGACGAGGUGGAGCUGAUGCCGCCGGCGCUGCUGGACGAGCUGCACGGCCUCCUGCAGCCGCAGCGCCCGCACCGCUUCCACAACGCGGUCUACGUGCUGCUCAGCAGCGCGGGCGGCGCGGAGGUCACGCGCUUCGUGCUGCAGAACGCGUCCCGCACGCCGGCCCCGCACCCGGACCGCGCGCACCGGGCCCGCGCCGACGAGGAGCUGCGCGCCAGCCUGAAGGCGCUCCUGGUGCGCGGGCACCCGCUGUGGCAGGCGGCCGCCGUGGUGCCUUUCCUGCUGCUGGACAAGCAGGACGUGGUCAACUGUUUCCGGGACGAGAUGGCCGGGGAGGGCUUCUUCCCCGAGCAGGCCCGCGCCGAGCUCCUGGCCGCGCAGCUCAGCUACUACCGCGUCGCCGGCCGAGAGUUUGCCGUCACCGGCUGCAAGCAGGUGGUGGCGCGGGUGAACCUCUUGUAGUGCCGGCAGGAGCCCGACACGUUUGGGGGCAGGUGGGGAACGGACCCUGAGAUUUUGCCCGGCCCGAGGCCCCUAAUAAACCCAACUCCCCAGACCUCCAACCUGCCCCCUGCGGUUCUUCAUUCGGCCACAGUCCUCCGUGCCCACUGUGUGCCCACGGCGCAGGUGGAGACGGGCGGUGUGUCCCCAUGACACCGGGCAGAUGGUCUCAGAGACGGUGACGGCUCCCGGCCUCACACAGCCGGCUGGUUGCCUGUAGAGCUGUGUGACCGGGCCCCGGGGUGCUGUGGCAGCCACCCCCCAACACACACAUGCACCUGCCCACUCUGGGGACCCCUGUCCCGGAGCCCUCUCUGGCCUCGGGUACCCUGGGGGAAGCUGCAUGUCUAGCGGCUGCUCCGGCCCAGGGCCCAUUGGGGUGCGUGUCCACGCGGCCAGCUGACCCAGUGGAUGGCCCGGAGGCUGUGGAAGGGGGCACUCUCUGGGGGCGACAGGCAGGAGGUGGCCUAAGCGGGGGACCUGACCUCCGGGGGGAGACCUCUGAGCCCUGGCCCCCCGCCCCCAGCCCCGAGGGAGCCCACCCUGCGAGCAGGACCCUCCCCGGUCACCCGGCAGCACCCCCGCCCGCCCCCUUUACUGCUCUGCGGGCGCCUCCCGCAGCCCCGCGCUCAGGGCGGCUCAGUGCUGCCACCUGGUGGCCGGGCUGCAGGGGCGGGUCCCGCGUCUCCCCGCCGCCCUGACCGCGCGCACCGCCCACCCGAGAGGGACCCCUGGCCUCCGGGGAGACAGGCAUAGAGGACACGGACACG